CGCAAAAGAAUUGAUAGCCUGCAUUAUUCAUGCAAAAAGGAAAGAACAAAAUCACCAUACCAGUUUGGAACUACAGAAGCUUCAAAUAUGUACUGAGGAACUAAAGGAUUAAUGAUGGCAGACAAGCAAAUUAGAUCCUAUGAGAAGUCUAGCCAUGAUUCUCAGUUGAUGAAGUUUACAAGUAUCCAUGCCAAGUAUUAGUCAUGUCAAGACAUUUAUUGCAGCUCUCACCUCACAAUAUCCAACAGUAGGGUUAUGCCGAACAUACACUAUAAGUAUCCGUCUCAAAGAAUCCCUACCAUGCUAGCUCAUCCAAAGCUGGAUGACUAGGAAAUAUUCUUGGUAUAUCCUGCACUAGAAACGUAAAAUUAAUUCUAGGGAGAAACCUAGAUACCAAUCCAACCCAAAAGAAGCAGCACCUACAAAUUUAAGAGAUUGAUCAAUAAAGUCCAAGGCAGCGUGCAUCUAAUGACCUUCUCAAUCCUGCUUCUAAUCCUCCCUUUCAACUCUGCCCUCAUUAACCUUGUCAUCCACAGGAUCCUUAACAUUUGACUCCUCCUCAACACCAUCAUCUGGUUCUUCUUCUUCUAAGGAGUCAUCAGUCUUCUAUCACCGGAAGUUGGUCUUGUCCAUUUCUGUGCCCCUUAUUGUCCUUUACAUGGUGUUGCUUGCGAACACGUGAACUCAUUAGCUUCUCUAUAACCUUUAGAGUGGUCUAAUUUGGGACUUUACCAGCCUUUGAUGUUUUUGAAAGAUCCUUCUUUACACCUUCCUCAGAAACAUGUAACUCUUCCUGGUGUUUUUUAUGGUACUUCCAAGGGCUUCACCUCCUCUUGUGGCAACUUCACUGACUGUUCCCUUGUUUCCUGCAGCUUUACCUCAGGACCCUUGACCUCCUCUUGAGGUCCCUCUGCAUACUGCACUUGUUUCUCACUUUCUCCGAAAAUCGGAGGCCCUUGGGUUGAUUUCUUUGAAAGUGUUUGCUCCUUUACAGCCUGUUUGGAGAGGCUAAAAUUUUAGGAAAUGAAAUUCCAUUUCUCAAACUUUUCAUGAAUUCUCAUGUGUGAGUGAAAUAAAUAGGAAAUAGAAUUCCAAGAGGUAAGAAGUUAGAAAUUCUAAAUUCUAUCAAAAGUUAUCGGAAUUGGUUGGGAGAGUAAUGGAAAUAGUGGACCCCACUCAAAUUUUGACUCACCUUUACAGGACAGCCCUAACUAAUUUUCCGUUAUUCCAAAACUACCCAUGAAAUAGGGUUAAAGGCCUUCGCCUGCCCAUCCUACUAGCUCAAGUUGUUCAUUUUUUAAUCUCCCUGGUCCCUGCAACUUCUCUGUCCCACUUUCCGCUGAGCUCUACAGACUCAGGUGAGCAACCUUGUUCACUCGUUUUGGAUUUUUUAACCCCAUUUAUUCGUCACGUAGCCCAUCACUUUCAUUGCUUCGUUUAUGGCUUUUCUUUGCCCCCAAAAUUUACACUUUGUGGAUUCACAGUGCAAGCUUUUGUCAUCUUUUGUUUGGCUAGUUGCUUUGUUCCUAUUUUGUUUAUUAUGUUUGCUUAUUCGUGUAGGAAACAUGAGAGAUAUGGAAAGUAAACGUAUAGCAGCUGUAACAGCUUAUGUUGCUUAUCUUUUCAUAUUAGUUCGUAUCUACAACCUGUUCGUAGUCAUAUAGAAAUGCCUAUUAGAAAUCGCGCUAUAGUAAGGCGAGAACUUGCUCGAAAUGAAAUUAUGUUGGAACUCAUGAAUGAAACACGAUGUCGUAAAAAUUUACGGAUGGCACCUCAUGCAUUUCACAAUCUUUGUGAGUUACUUCGAGGAACGCGGCUUAUUAGGGACACCUGCUAUAGUUGUGUUGAAGAGCAAGUUGCUAAAUUUCUUCACGUCGUCUCACAUGGUAUUCGAAGUUCAUUGGCCACACUUCUUUAUCGUCGUUCAAGUGAAACAGUUAGCCGUAAUUUUCAUCAAGUGCUUAGAGCAAUCAUUUCGCUCCAUGAUCACUUCUUGAUACAACCUGAUGGUCAAACUGUGCCCUCUGAAAUUCAAAAUAGCUCCAGAUUUUACCCAUACUUUCAGGUUAGUUUUUCUCUUGUUCAAUUUGGUGUAAAUAGUGCAAACAUUUUGGUAUGAACUUACUUAACAAGAUAUUUAUGUUUUUUAGAAUUGUAUUGGUGCUAUAUAUGGAACUCACAUUCGUACAAAGGUGGACAAAACCGAUGUAUCAAGAUAUAGAGGAAGAAAACUCUUUCCAACAAUGAAUGCUUUGGCAGCUUGCACUUUUGACCUAAAGUUUACAUAUGUCUUGACCGGAUGGGAAGGUUCUGCAUCUGACUCAAGGAUUUUAGAUGAUGCUUUGGUUAGAGAUGAUAGGUUAAAAGUUCCUGAAGGUAUUAAAAGUACUUUUACAUUGUUAUAUUACUGAUCAAUAAAAGCUUUUAAAAAAGAAGUUUAAUUUCCCUUCUUUUCGUAUAGGUAAAUAUUACUUAGUUGAUGCGGGAUACAUGUUAAGGUUGGGUUUUAUCACUCCAUAUAGGAAUACUCGUUACCAUUUGAAGGAGUACUCACGUCAUCCGCCUAUGAAUUCAAAGGAACUAUUCAAUUUGAGACAUUCAAGUCUACGUAAUUCAGUUGAAAGGGCUUUUGGAGUUUUGAAGGAUAGAUUUCCUAUUGUUGGUAGUGGUGAGAAGCCACAUUUUGGCCCUGAAACAACUUCAGAGAUGAUCAUUGCUUGUUGCAUUUUGCAUAAUUUUUUAUUGGGAGUUGAUCCAGAUGAGUCAAUAUUGGAAGAAGUAGAUAGAAAUAUUAUGGAUCAAGAAGUUGCAUAUCAAGAAUAUGCUAGUGUAUCAACGGAGGCUGAUGGAAGACAGGGCCAACUUAUUCGGGAUGCAAUUGCAGCACAUAUGUGGCAAGAUUAUCAAUUGGGAAUUCAUUGAUUAUCUGUACUGCUUUUGGAAAAUGGUUUUGACGAUUUAUUGUAUGAUUCGCUGUUGGUUUGUUGCUUUGGAUGAAUAUUGUGUGGCUUCUCUUCUUCUAAUUCUGUGAACUGAAUUAUAUGGUUUAAUUAGACAGUCGCUUUAUUGCUUGGAUUAUUAUAGCAUGGCAGAGGCACUUGAACAAGAUACUGAAAAGACUCCGCAUGUGGAUGAUGAUAGCGGAAGUAAUGGAUAUUUCAAAUGGACGGAUGAAAUGGACAAGGUUAUGCUAGAAGUUUUGAGGGAAUAUAAGAACAAAGGACACAAAGAUGAUAGAAAUGUUUCUAAGGCAGCUCAUCUUGCUAAUGCUUUGAAGGAGAAAUACAAUGUGAAGUUAUCAACGGACAAACUUCAGAAUCGACUCAAGACUUUAAAAGUCCACUUGGGUUUGGCUUUGGACUUGCUUACUCAAAGUAGUGGGUUUUCUUGGAAUGAUGUCACGAAGAAAAUUGAAGCAAGCAAAGAAGUUUGAGAUGAUAAGGCAAAGAUAUAUUUUAAACUUGAAUUUAUGUUUGUGCUUUUUCUGCAGAACCUCGUUUAGCCUAACCAAUACAACUUGUUAUGAUCCAGAAGAAGAAGGCUUAUAAUCAAAAUUCGGGGCAAGAAACUUCACAAUCUGGAACUUCUUCGAGAAAUUUAUGAAAAAGACAGAGCAAUGGGUAACAGAUCUGCAACCCCUACCGAAAAAUGUGAAGAAUGGCAAAAGGAAGAUAGAAGUUUCAGUCUCGAUGAUAUUGAUGAGCUGAAGAACUCCAAGCUACAAAUUUUGAGAAGUCUCCCAGGGUAAUCAUACUACUAAUCCUUCUCCACAGCCUCAAGGUAGUGAAGGGACAUCCCAAAGCGAAAUGGCAAGCAAAUUGUCUAAGGCGAAAAAAAGAAUGGCUGAGUUGUCUGAUUUACUUGCUACUGAAAUGAGAGAUGUUAGAGUAGCAUUACAGGAUAUUGUAGGUGCUAUCAAGACCACUAAUCGUCGAAUCAGGUAUGAAGAAGAAAUAGUUGAAGAACUGAUAAGACUUGGAUUUGGAGGAGAUUAUUUGAUGGAAGGAACUGAGUUUUUGGUGGCUGAUCCAAUUCGAGAAAACACUUUUUUUGCUUUUCCCGAAGAAGUCCGUAGGGACUGGUUGCUUAGGAAGCUUGCUCACACUCGCAUCAUCAUCAUCCCUUCUUACCUCUGAACCUGCAAAUCCGCUGGAUUUGCUACUUCUUCUUUUUCUUCAGGGUGAUCCAAAUUUUAUUGCUGUUGAAGGAAGAUCUUCCAUUUCUAUGACCUCUCCUCUUCCUCCUAACACGCACCACGACCAAAAGAUCACUACUCAUUGAAAAAGAAAUUAAUUUUUUGUUCCCCAAGUAGUUGAUGAAAUUGACAAAAUUGCUCAAAAGCUGCUCUUGUUUUAACUUUCUUCUGUAAAGUGCUGCUUGUUACUCUUGUAAGGACUGAAGUCCAGUGUUUUUCGUGAUUUGGGUUUGGCCAAAUGAGCUUCAAUGAAAAUAAUAAUUACCGGGGAAAAAAUUAAGAAAUUGUUGGUGUUUGGGAAUUAGGGAAAUACCUUAUAGAUAUGGAUGUAUUCACCGUAUAGUUGUAGGUGUUGAGGUCUCAAGACAAAUCCAUAAGAUUCCCUAAUCAGAGACAACAAUCAAUCGAGCUCAUAUCAAAUCAGCAUGAAUGAAACAAUGAUAGAGAGCAAAUGCAACUAAGAAACAAAGAAAUGAAACGGUAAUGGAACGAGCGCCUACUCAACAGGGACAACAACAUACUCACAUGUAAAUUUCCCAAUUUGAAAGCCCAUAGCUGUCUCUCUCUUAAAUUCCACUACUUCAUUCAUACCCGCAAAAAUGAUGUUACAGAAAGAAACUUCCUAUACACCAGUUAUUAAAAAAAUAUUUACAAAAUACAUAAGUUAUAAAAAAAUUUCCCAGUCUACACAUGUUUUACAUUCACCGUCUUUGUCUAAGGCAGUGAAUGCAAUCACCGUGUUAGACAAACACGGUGAAUAAGUCACCGUGUUUAAUGAAAGCGAUGAAGGAAUCACCGUUUUUAUCAAAAGCGGUGAAAGGUUUGCCGCACUUUACUUAAACGGUGAAGCAUUCACCGUCCUUGUAAACAACGAUGAAUUUAUCAUCGUUUUUGUGUAAAGCGGGGAACACCGCUGUAAUUUAGGGCGCUGAUAGUUGCCCACGUUUCCCACCCCUGGUAGGUGAGAGUUAGGUCACAACCACCUAACGUUCACCGCUUUAGGGCAAGACGGUGAUUACCUUCACCGAUGCUGACAGACACAGUGAAUGCUGACCGAUUUUCAUAUAAAUACCCCCCACCAGCAGUUGGAAAAACAUAACCCCCCUCCCUCUUCAAAUUUCAGCAAAAAAACCGAGCAAAAUACACAGAAGCUAUUUUUCGGUAUGAUUUAAUUUUGUAUUGUUAUGUAAUGAUGUUUUUAGUAGUUAUAUUUAUGUAAUGAAUUACUUAUCGUAGC